UGAUGAUAGGCACAGUAGGACAUCGACACUCUCCUCUAAUUAUUAUCUACUCUUGGUGGGGCGCAUGAAAGAUUAUGAACAAAGAAAUGUACAGGAAAAUAUGGGUUGCCAUCUUUCUCCUUAUUAUGUUUCUCUCUGUUACGGUUCUUUUUAGCUGCUUUAGAAACAGACCUACUCGUUCACAAAUGGUAGUUGUGACCAGAAGCAGGCAAAACAAGCCGCUACCCCCCCGGCGCACUAAUUGGUCCGGACUGUCCUUGGAAUGUUCUUCUUGGCCUCUCAAUGACACCUUUCACUACAAUUCUCCAGUUGAGAAACAAUUCCCAAUCGCUUAUGUGGUACUCAUUCACCACCAAAAGUCAAAAUCUGCAGUGAGGCAGUACAUGCGUCUACUGAAGCAUCUUUAUAGGCCACAGAACUUGAUCUGUCUACAUAUUGAUCGAAAAGCUCCUGAAAAAUGGAUACAAGCAAUAGAGAAAUUUGCAAGGACUUGCUAUCCAAAGAACAUCAUCAUGCCAAAAAAGUCCGCCAAAGUUGUUUAUGCAUCCCCCUCUACUCUUAAUGCGCACCUGGUUUGUCUGAAGGAGCUGCUCCAAUACAACCACACUUGGAGAUAUGUAAUUGAUCUGCAUGGAACUGAACUACCCCUUGUUACAAACAGAGACAUAGUCGAGGCUUUCAAAAAAGCAAAUGGAGUCAAUAUUGUCCCGUUUGGUACUGACAUUGGCAUGAUUGACAAUUCGACAUUCACUUACAAGCAAAUUACUCAUAAAGCAAUCGUCUCGAUAGUUGACAACAGAAUUAAAAUCACUGAUAGAAGUUUGAGUUCAGCCCCUUACAAUUUGACAUUAUAUAAAAGUGCAGAUGGACCUACAAGUGCUUUUUCUAGAGAUUUUGUGAAAUUUAUAUUCUCGUCUCCUAAAGCUAUAGCUCUACGAAAGUAUUUACAAGACGUCAUGAGUGCUGAGGAGUACUUCUUCAGUACACUCAACAACCUUCCAGAGGCACCAGGUGGCUGGCUCAAACGGAAACAAUUAAAUUUUGAACUUCCGAUAGUUUCAACAAGGGUAUUUCAACAGAAUAAUAAUAAUCCUAAAAUAUGCAGGGCUAAACACUACAGGCAUAACAUAUGUGUGGUUAGCACUAGUGAUAUCAACUGGCUAGAGCAGAGAUCAGAAGCUAGGUCACAAUUCUUUCACAAUAAAUACAUUAGUAGCUACAAUAAGGGGAUCAUGGACUAUAUAGAAAGAAACCUUGUUUUCCGAAAUGAGAAUGAAGAAAUCAAUGACUAUUUGUCUGUAUCAUCAUAAUUUUAUUUUUUUGAAUAAUAAUAAUAAAUUGUCAUAUUAGUAACAAUAAGUGAUAAGGAGUGC